UCAUACGGCACUCAGAAGCUGGGAGACCCUACAGCCUGCUCCUUUCAGGGUUUUUGAGAACCUCCAGCCAACCAGCUGAUACCAGACAAGAAGGCAGUGGAGUUCUCCAACAACCAUCUGAACUUUCUUUAUCCCAAUUAAAGUGGCUUCCAUCAGAGAAGGAUCCCUGCUGGAUACAAGCAGAGAAGAGGUCAGCCUCCCCGUUGAACAAAAAUGGGCGACUGGAGCUUCCUGGGAGAAUUCCUGGAGGAAGUCCACAAGCAUUCCACAGUGGUGGGGAAAGUGUGGUUGACUGUACUCUUCAUCUUCCGGAUGCUUGUUCUGGGCACAGCAGCAGAGUCCUCCUGGGGCGACGAACAAUCUGACUUCAUGUGCGACACCCAGCAGCCUGGUUGUGAGAACGUCUGCUAUGACAAAGCUUUUCCUAUCUCCCACAUCAGGUACUGGGUCCUUCAGAUUAUCUUUGUCUCCACGCCUUCCCUGUUGUACAUGGGCCAUGCAAUGCACACUGUGCGUAUGGAGGAGAAGAGGAAACUUAAGGAAGCUAAAGAAGGAUCCAAGGCAAUCCAGAACAAGAGCGACAUUUUUCACCAGCAGGAGUACCCAGCACCAGAGAAGGCGGAGCUGUCCUGCUGGGAUGAGCCCAGUGGGAGGAUCAUCCUUCAAGGCACUUUGUUGAACACCUAUGUCUGUAGCAUUUUAAUCCGUACCACCAUGGAAGUAGCCUUCAUUGUAGGUCAGUACAUGCUCUAUGGCAUCUUCCUUGAUACCCUCUAUGUUUGUAAACGGCACCCCUGCCCUAAUCCAGUCAACUGCUAUGUUUCUCGGCCAACAGAGAAGAACAUCUUCAUCGUCUUCAUGCUUGCUGUGGCGGCCCUGUCCCUCUUCUUAAGCCUAGCUGAGUUGUAUCAUUUGGGAUGGAAAAAAGCCAAGCAGAAGUUCUCCCGUCCUUGUAAAAACAGCCUAAACUCAGCUGACGGCAAACUGGAGGCAGACUCCCAAGCCAAGGUAGGGCGAAGCUGCACCCCUCCUCCUGAUUUUAAUCAGUGUGUGGCCAACCCUGCAGGGAAGUAUAUCAGCCCCUUCAAUAACAAAAUGGCCUCUCAGCAGAACACAGCCAACUUUGCUACCGAGAUGGUUCACAACCAAGAUGAUGCCGUUGGAGAAAGGCCAUUUAUCCAAGCUAACUAUACACAGGAUCCCCAGACCAACAACAGUUCCGCCCCCAGCCUGCUUCCCAAUGGCUACUUACAUGAGAAAUGCAGGUUCAGCAAAACCAGUCGCACCAGCAGUAAGGCUCGGUCGGAUGACUUGUCGGUGUGAAUUGCUUUCAGCGAGGUUAAAGCUCAAGCGCUGACUUGCUGAACCGAACAUCAAAGAUGAGGCUGGUUCUCAUUUGCAGCCUUCCCAUUGGGCGGUACCUUUGCUACUCUGUUACUCUUUGGGAAACAUUUUCAGAAAUUUUACAAAUGCACCAAGGGGCGGCUUCCCUCCUCCUCCUCUUCCUCCUGGAAAAGUGAAAUAUUGUCUAUUUCUCCUCAUCUGUUUUCUAGACCCCACCAACCACACCAGCUUGUCAUGCCAAGUAAAUGUGCAAUGAAUUGUACUUGAAUUUUUGAUAUAUCUGUCCGUCUGUCUGUCUGUAACUACUUUUGAAUGCUGAAUAGCCUCAUAGUACUAACACUGGCUCAGUAAGGCAGUAACUGAAGUUACUUAUUAGAGUUUGUUUCAGCAGAAAUACUUACACGAUGGAAACAAUAUUUCCCAUGGAAAAGAAUACUCUAAUAAAGCAACUCUGUGUGGCAAAGCACACUGAUACAUCGCGGGUUUUAACAUUUUGUACUCUUUAAUCCAUGCUUAAUCUUAAGGGUAGUGAUGUUGGGUAUAAAGAACUGAGCUACCCAGCAGGAAUACACCCAGGAGCGAAAAGGGGCGUGGAGUAUUGGGAGGACUAUCCAACAUCAAUGCUAGAGCAUUGUGAAUGAUUCCAGGGCUCAAACCAGCUCAUUUCA